AGAAGAAGAAGUGUUCAGAAUCGAGUGCAAGGAGGUUAUGUUCCAAUGAGAGGUGAUUACGCAGGGGCCUGGUGUAAUUUGGCAAUUUAAUUGAUUAAUAUUUAUAGUAUUGCUCAAUAGCACCGUUCGAAUUAAAUGCCGAUUAUAAGUUAAAUUAUUAGAAUGCAAAGGGUCUUAUCCAGCAGGUAUUUAUCUUUUAUAAGUGCUUCACGAAAUUUUCGAAAUGGCAUAUAUACAAGUACGCGAUCCUAUUCGGGGAAACGUCCUGGUUUCUUCUCGCAGUUUAUCGAUAACGUGCGGCAGGAGAUGGCUAAAAAUAAGGAGAUGAAAGAAAGCAUCAAGAAAUUUCGAGAGGAGGCCAACAAGUUGGAACAGUCUGAUGCACUCAAGUCGGCUCGACAGAAGUUCAAUAUAGUCGAGUCGGAAGCACAAAAAGGAGGCGAUGUUCUUAAGGAGAAAUUGGGAUCCAUAAAGGACAGAGUUCAAGAUGUGCUGGAGGAAGCUGGCAAAACAGAGCUGGCGAAGAAAGCAAGUCAGAUAGGCGAAGAGCUUUCGAAAUCCGCUAAGGGUGUAACCGACACAAUCUCAGAAAAGGGGCAGCAACUAGGAAAAAGUGGUGCAUUCCAAACAAUAACGGAAGCAACUAAAAUAGUACAAAAUGAAAUUGGUCCACAAGGUAUACACGGUCGUGUGUAUCGAAGUCCUGAAAAAUUACGAAAACGGAAAGAAAUCCUCGCAUCCAGCGAUAACAGAAGUUUCGAACCGAACAUUGACGAAGUAGGAGUAGAACUCCACAAGGACUCGAAAUUUUAUCAAUCUUGGGAGAAUUUUAAGAACAAUAACGCUUACGUGAACAAAGUUCUCGACUGGAAAAUGAGGUAUGAAGAAUCAGAAAAUCCAGUGAUCCGGGCUUCCAGACUCCUAACCGACAAAGUCUCCGACGUCUUCGGAAAUAUCUUCUCAAAAACCGAGCUAUCGGAAACGCUGACGGAGUUGUGUAAAAUCGAUCCUAAUUUCGAUCAGAAGCAGUUCCUCCGCGACUGUGAAACUGACAUUAUACCAAAUAUCCUGGAAGCAAUGACACGCGGCAACCUAGAAAUAUUGAAGGAUUGGUGCUUUGAAAGUGCCUACAAUAUCAUUGCCACGCCGAUUAGUGCAGCAAUUAAGGCUGGUUAUUAUUUAGACUCGAAAAUUCUGGAUAUUGAAAAUGUUGACUUAGCAAUGGGAAAAGUCAUGGAACAAGGACCUGUUUUAAUUAUCACAUUUCAGUCACAACAAAUUAUGUGUGUGAGAGAUCGAACGAAUAAAGUCGUUGAAGGAGAUCCUGAGAAAGUGAUGCGUGUGAAUUAUGUGUGGGUGUUGUGUCGUGAUCCGAAUGAGCUGAAUCCAAAAUCUGCGUGGAGAUUGAUGGAGUUAUCAGCAAGUAGCCAAGAACAGUUGGUUUAGACCAAUUUUUUAGAAAUGUAUAUACCAUAUGUAAUAUAUGAAAAAUUAAAAAGUCAACCCGA